AUGGCCGUUAUCGAUUUUCUUCUCACGCCUUAUACGAUUCCAAUCGCAUUGGUGCUCUUCUUUGCUGUUCCAUAUUUCACAUCCAACACAGCUAUCAGAGAUGUCCCCGGACCCUUCGCAGCGAAAUUCACAAGAUUAUGGCUACUGCUACAAGCUCGAUUGGGCUAUCGAUAUCUGAGUGUUCACGAUGCGCAUGCCAAAUAUGGAAAGAUGGUUAGGAUCCAACCGGAUCAUGUUAGUAUCGCAGACGAUGCUGCUAUCCAGCAAGUUUAUGGUCAUGGUAACGGGUUCUUGAAGUCAGAUUACUAUGAUGCUUUUGUCUCUAUUCAGAGAGGUCUAUUCAAUACUCGAGAUCGUGUCGAACAUACGAGAAAGCGCAAGACCAUUUCGCAUACUUUUUCCACGAAGAGUAUUGGCCAAUUCGAACAAUAUAUGCAUGGAAAUUUGGAUUUGUUUGUGAAUCGAUGGGAUGCACUGUCAGAUAAUGCUCAUGGCCAAUUCGCAAAAAUUGACUGUCUUCACUGGUUCAACUAUCUCGCUUUCGAUAUUAUUGGCGACCUUGCAUUUGGAGCUCCAUUCGGCAUGCUUGAAAAAGGAAAGGAUAUCACGGAAAUCAGAAAAACACCUGAUGCGCCAAUCACUUACGCCCCAGCUGUCGAGGUUCUUAAUCGUCGAGGUGAAGUUUCCGGUACACUUGGUUGUUUACCACAACUUAAACCAUACGCCAAAUACCUUCCAGAUCCUUUCUUUAGUCAAGGUCUUGCUGCAGUAGAAAACUUGGCUGGUAUUGCUGUUGCUCGUGUGAGCCAACGUCUUGAUCGUGAGAAGGAAGAUGGUCGCGUUGACUUACUCGCAAGACUUAUGGAAGGAAGAGACGAUACAGGUGCCAAACUUUGCCGGGCAGAAUUAACAGCAGAGGCGCUCACUCAGCUUAUCGCUGGCUCAGACACUACAUCCAACACAUCCUGUGCAAUUCUCUAUUGGAUUUGCAAAACUCCAGGUGUUCUUCAAAAGCUCCAAAAGGAGUUAGACGAUGCUAUUCCUGCAGGCGUCGAUGUUCCCACUUUCGACAUGGUAAAGGAUUUGAAAUACAUGAAUAGUGUCAUCCAGGAGACACUCCGCAUUCACUCUACCUCUUCUCUUGGUCUCCCACGUAUCGUCCCACCUGGAGGAGCGGAAGUAUGUGGAAAAUUCUUCCCCGGAUAUACUGUCCUUUCCGUACCAGCGUACACAAUUCAUCACUCUAAAGAGAUUUGGGGAAGUGAUGCAGAUGAAUUUGUACCAGACAGAUGGUACAAUUUGACGGAGAGACAGAAGAACGCUUUCAUUCCUUUCAGUUAUGGACCAAGAAGUUGUGUAGGAAGAAAUGUGGCGGAAAUGGAAUUGGCACUUAUUGUCGCGACGACAUUCAGGAGAUAUGAAUUUGAUCUGUAUCAGGAUGUAUUGGAGACCAGAGAGGGAUUUUUGAGAAAACCGCUGGAGUGCAUGGUGGGGAUUAAGAAGAGGGCAAAUAUUUGA